AUGUCGAUCCUGAGAGACCAAUUUACCCCAGAGUCAUUGCCGUACCACAUAAUUGUUCCUUCUCUACCAGGAUAUGCUUUCUCCUCAGCUCCACCACUGGACUGCGAUUUCCAAUUGCAGGAUGUCUCCCGCAUUCUGAAUAAGCUUAUGACUGUACUUGGAUUUGAAGGUGGAUAUGCGGUGCAAGGCGGUGAUGUUGGCUCUAAGGUAGCUCGAGUUAUUGCAGCAACUUACGACGCCUGCAAAGUGAGUCUUCUACUGAAUGACACCAAUCCUGGGGUUUUGACCAGUAAUACAGUCAAUUUUGCUAUCAUGCAAGAGCCAAAAAAUUCUAUUGGCACAACCGAUGACAUAGAGGAGAAGGGUCUUGAACGAGCCCGGCAAUUUCAAAAGCUCGAAUCAGCCUAUGCUCUCAUCCAUGCGACAAAACCAGCGACUAUUGGCUACGUGCUCGCUGCAAAUCCACUCUCACUGCUAGCGUGGAUGGGCGAGAAGUUCCUUGACUGGAGCGACCAAGAUCUGCCACUGGAUGUCAUACUAGAGGCAGUGUCGCUAUACUGGCUCACGGAGACGUUCCCAACAUCCAUUUACCCUUAUCGCCAGCUCUUCACGCCCGGUGUUGUUGGUGCGCAUGAGAACCCAGUGUGGUACAUUGAGAAGCCUAAACCGCUUGGUUAUUCGUACUUCCCGUUGGAAAUCUCUCCGACUCCUCGUAGCUGGGUAGCUACGACGGGCAAUCUCGUCUUUCAUCGGCAGCAUCACUCGGGAGGACACUUUGCGGCUGUUGAGCGGCCUGAGGUUCUACUCAAGGACAUUGAAGACUUCCUCACAGAAUUCUGGCCUUGA